CUCUCCAUCCCCGAUUCCCACCGCUUCCAACGCAUUCAAUCUUUCCCGUCGCGCGGCACUUCACCAGCCCGGCAGUGCGUGGACACGAUCCGCCGCGGGCAACAGAAAGCCGCACAACACUUUCGCUGCACGCGCGCAGCAGAGCAGCCGCGAUGGACGCCCACGCCCUCCUCACCUCGCAGGGCUGGCGCGGCAAGGGCCACUCCCUCCACAAGACCGACGACGCCAUCGGCCUGGCCAAGCCCCUGCUGCUCUCUCGCAAGGACGACACGCGCGGCCUCGGCACCAAGCAACACUUCACCAGCGACCAGUGGUGGAUGAACGCCUUUGACGAGCAGCUCAAGGGCCUCGACACCUCCAAGGACGGAAAGGUGCUGCAGACGGUCACAACGGGCAAGCUCAACUCCAUCGAAAAGGGCUCGCUCGGGCGCUGGUACCUAUACGCCUCGUUCGUGAAGGGGGGCUUCCUGGAGGGGACGGUGCGUAACGAGGAGGACAAGGACUCGUCCUCAUCGACGGACUCGGACGACUUGACGCCCAAGACGGACGACGACCCCGCGCCGAAAAAAGAAACCAAGGAAGAGCGAGGGGCGAGAAAAGAGGCCAAGAGGAAACGCAAGGAGGAGCGCGCAAAGGCUAGGGCGGCGCGUCGCGAGCGCAAGGCCGCCAAGGCCAGCAGGUCUGCCUCGAGUUCAGACGCUGACGACGAGAAGCGGAGGCGGCGCGCCAAGAAGGAGGAAAAACGGCGCAAGAGAAAAGAGAAGGAAUCCAAGUCAUGACAAGCGUGC